AUGUCUACGAACCACCCAGAAGGAAAUAAUGCGGAAUCGGAAGAGUUGCGUCGCUUUCGAGAACAGUGGAAGGCGGAAGUGCAGCGCUCUAAGCAGCAAGGUGCACCUCCACCGGACACGCAGGCACCUCCGAGCACACGGCAGGUAGCCCCCACGAAUGGAACGAUCGCGGGCCCUAGCAAUCCCCUCGUGGCUUCCGAGGAUACCGACACGCGUGCAUUGGAACUGUACCAGGCCGCCGUGAAUGCAGAAGACGCGGGGCGGCAUGCUGAGGCGGCCAGGUUAUACUCUCAGGCGUUCAGGCUCGCGCCCGGUCUUGACUCCACAAUGUUCGGCUACACUCAGGAGGAGAAGCCUCCAGCUGGAAAGCACACGAUCUCAUCUGUAUCUGCCACGUCUCCUAAGCUCAGCAGCAAGGUGCACGGAAAGAAGCCUUCCGUUGGAAGGGCUUCGGUGGAUGGGAUCGUCGGCGGGAUGGAAGCGGUGAAGCUCUCUUCCGCGACGCACGUCGUACACGCACACGAUCACUAUGCCCAGCUCUCCAGCGCUCUUGCCGGGAUCUUGCAGUCCUUCCCUAAAUCGCUCGAGUUUCUGCCUGAGGACGAGAACGAGCCGGUGCCACUAGAGCUGCUUCCCGAUGAACUACUCAUCUACGUCUUAUGUCAUCUCGAUGCGACGGCCAUUGAGCGCUUUGCGACCGUGAACCGCAAGGCGAGGCUCGUUACGCUUGAUUCCCACAUAUGGAGACCGUUCGUGCAGACUAUCUACAGGCCCCCACAAAUCGCUGAUGACGAGGACAUUGAGGAUCUUCUUGAGCGAUACGGAGCCGACUACCGUCGGACAUACAUCGAGCAACCUCGCGUGCGGCUCGACGGGGUGUACAUUGCCGUCAACCAAUACAUCCGCGACGGGCUCAGCGAAAACGUGUGGGUCAAUGUCAGCCACCUCAUCACGUACCACCGUUACUUGCGCUUCUAUCCCACCGGACAAGUCAUCUCGCUCUUGGCGAACGAGGACCAGGAGCCUCAGUCGGUCAUCAACAUGCUCAAGCCCACUUUGCGCAUGAAGGGGCUUUACAUCGGACAGUGGCGUCUUGAGGGUACAACGGUACACGUCACUGAACUCAUGGACCCCUCUGUGCCCGACGCGCGCUACACGUUUCAGAUGACGCUGGAGUUGCGAUCGCGCCCGGUUGGGCGCUGGAACCGCCUCGAUUUCCAGGAGUACGAGAGCGUUGCUGUAUCCACGGGGGAGGCUGUUGCGUUACCACUCAAGAAGGAGCGCCCAUUCUGGUUCUCGAAGGUCCGGUCUUACGCAUGA